CAGAUCGAUGAGACCGAGGUAAAGAACCACAAUCGAACUUCGCGGCAGAAGAGUUUGCUUAGUUGUUUUUUCCUUCUUCCUCUUCUUCUCACCUUUACGCCUCAUUACGCGCACUGAUCUGCCUGCUCUCCAAACCAAGAAGAUGCCCAAAUCCCCACCGUGCGUAUUGCCAUGGUCCUCCCUGUGGCUGGCAUCUUUGGCUACUUUGGUGGUGCAGUCGGUGCUCUCUUCCUCCUACUCUUCUUCUUCCUCCUCUUACCAGAGACCUGCAGCCAGUGGGAAGCGACCGGGCUUCAUGGAGAGGACGCUGGUUCUCCUGGAUGUCAACACCCGCAGUCCGAUCAAAGUCCUCAACGACAAUUUCCUUUCUUUGCAGCUGGAUCCCUCGAUCAUCAAGGACGGCUGGCUGGACUUUCUGAGCUCCAAGCGGCUCGUGACCCUGGCGCGCGGCCUAUCGCCAGCCUUUCUGCGUUUUGGCGGAAAGCGGACCGACUUCCUGCACUUCAACAACCAGAAGAACCUUGCAAAGUUCAGGGGCCCAGGACCAGACUACUAUCUGAAGAACUACGAAGACGAUAUAGUGCGCAGUGACAUUGCAUUGGACAAACAGAAGGGCUGCAAAGUGGCCAGCCAUCCUGACAUAAUGCUGGAACUGCAGAGGGAGAAGGCUGCCACCACACAGCUUGUCCUGUUGAAAGAGCAGCUGUCUAACAUCUACAGCAAUAUUACAAUAACAGCCAGGUCUUUAGACAAACUGUACAACUUUGCCGACUGUGCUGGUCUGCAUCUGAUCCUGGGGCUGAACGCGCUGCAUAGAAACCCAGACAACUCCUGGAACACCUCCUCCACGCUGAGCCUCCUGAAGUACGGCGCUGGCAAGAAGUACAACAUUUCCUGGGAGCUGGGCAAUGAGCCUAAUGCCUACCGCAGCAUGGUGGGUCGCGCGGUCAACAGCACCCAGUUAGCUCAGGACUACACCAAGCUGCGGACCCUGCUCCAGUCUGUACGCUAUUACCACCGAGCUCAGCUCUACGGCCCCAAUGCAGGACGACCCCGAAAGAACGCCAUCCUGCUGCUGGAUGGGUUCAUGAAGAAUGCUGGCUCUGUUGUAGAUGCAGUUACGUGGCAACAUUAUUACAUGGAUGGCAGAGUGAACAAAGUGGAGGACUUCCUAAAAACUCGUCUGUUGGACACACUGACAGAACAGAUCGCUAAAGUCACUGAGGUUGUGAAGACACAUACUCCUGGUAAGAAGGUGUGGCUGGGUGGACUGGGGCCGGCAUGGGCAGGAGGCAUCAGCAAUCUCUCUGACACAUACGCUGCUGGCUUUCUGUGGGUGAACACGCUGGGUAUGGCUGCUUUGCAAGGGAUUGAUGUUGUCUUGCGUCACUCAUUCUUUGACUACGGAUACACACACCUUGUGGACCAGCACUUUAACCCUUUACCUGAUUACUGGUUCUCUCUGGUCUUCAAGCGUCUCGUCGGUCCAAGGGUUUUAGCUGUGCGGGUGGCUGGACUGCAGAGAAAGCCACAACCAGGACGAGUCAUACGAGACAAGCUACGCAUCUACGCCCACUGUACCAGCUACUACAAUCAUAACUAUGUGAGGGGGUCCAUAACAAUCUACAUCAUCAACCUGCAUCGUUCACGAAAGAAAAUCAAGUUGGCAGGGACGUUACGGAACAACACUGUCCAUCAGUACCUACUGCAACCCUACGGCACUGACGGACUCAGAGCCAAACAUGUCCAGCUGAACGGACAGAAGCUGCUUAUGGUGGACAAUGAGACAUUCCCGGAGUUGAAGCCUAAGACAUUGAGGGCUGGACGGACUAUAGCCAUGCCUCCCAUGACCAUAGGCUUUUAUGUCAUCAAAAACAUUAACGCAUAUGCCUGCCGAAGAUAACAUUGACCCUUCAUCCCUGAGAUACCGGUGUGAUGCACAAAAGGCCGUCAAACCACCAACCCUCCUCCAGUUUCACCCAAAGCUUUAAAAAAAAAAAGUGUGGCUCUUCAUUUUUUUCACCUUUCUGGAAAACACAAGGAGGUCAGACAACCACGUUGUUAGGAUUUUUGCUCAUGGACACUUAAGGACACUUGGUUUGAACACAAAACGAUCAUGUAGUUUAACAACAGCCUCUUUGAAACCUUUAUUUCAAUGGAAAUAUUUAAACCUCUCUACCAAAUUAUGCGUUUUCCUUGUUCUCUUCUCUGGUCCAACAAAGAAAGACUUGCCCAACACGCAUAAAAAGGGCUGCACUGAACACUUUUCAUUUCCUUUCACCAUCAAUUCCUCAUAUGCUACAAGACUUGUAUGGACAGUGAUUAUUUUAUGCCUUUUUAUGAAGUUUUGUAGUUACAAAAAGUCCAUUCUUUGACUUUUAGUUAAGCUAUAUUUUCUUCUUUUGGAAUGUCAAACCAAGGGUUUGCUAUCUGUGCAUCUGCCAAGAGAGGCUUUUUUUCCGAAUCCUUCACUGUCAGGCAGACAAAAAGGUAUGAGAGACAACUCUCAACAGGUAGCAUUUCUGAAGCAUACACAAGUCAAUCUCAGUUUGACUUGAUCCUUUCCACAAAGAGAAAAUGUUAUGGUGUGUGUGUGUGUGUGUGUGUGUGUGUGUGUGUGUGUGUGUGUGUGUGUGUGUGUGUGUGUGUGUGUGUGUGUGUGUGUGUGUGUGUGUGUAAGCUCAUGCCUGGACUAACCAAGUGCUCUGUGUGUAUGUGUGUGUUUUAUUGAUAAAGCUACUGAUGUGUCUGUCCAGUCUGUUUGAUGUGCCUUUGAUGAAAGAUGCAUUUCUUCCCGUGCCAUAUCAAGUGGAUUAAAGGGAAAAUCUGUUUCUUCUAAAGGCUGUUAUUUUAGGGGUGUGACGAUACAGUUAGCUCACGAGACGAGACAAUACAUGAUAUUGGGUUCACAAGAACGAGAUGAGACGAGACAUUUGAAUACUAUUUAUAGGAAAUCUUAGAUGACGAACGAUAUGAUUGGAAAAAUUGUUUUUUAUUUGACUAAAAGUCACAAAAUGCAGAAGUGCAGGUGCAUUUUGAAAUGUUGCUUACAUAUUGUUGGUGCCUUGUCUGUCACUCUGUGGCUGUUUAUUGUUUCCACCGGGUACCCAAAAUGCUGCCAAACAAACGAUUUAAAAGUGGCGGGGGCAUCUUCUAUGCUAAUGUCACCUUCACACACCGUCAUGCUGAUAUCAUGAGACAGCUUUUCACCUUGACAAGAAAUAUCAUCACGUUUUAAUAAUGCAAGGUUUCGUCACACUCUACUGUUUUUGUAUGUUUUGUGUAUCAUUACUUUUCUGCUGCAGGUUUUAAUCAGUUUAACUGCAGAGUACGAUAGCCAGGAUGUCUUGUUGGUACUGUUUGGCAAUGCACAUCGAAUGAACAAUGUGAACCCAUCCAUAACAUUUGUCCUCACAUUGCCUGCAGCCACAAAAUCUGGGUUUUGCUUUAGAUUCAAAACUUAUAAAAUACCAGUUCAGUUCAGGUGUAUUUGAACCUAUCUCACUAUCUUCAGUGUGAUCUCACGUUUUAUAAUCUUUUGCUGCUAGGGUUUUUUUGUACUAAAUUUACAUUAUAUAUUUUACAGAAUUUUGUACAAAUUUACUGUCAUGUUAUUAGAUGAUGUAUUGUACAUAAAACAAGAGUGAUGAAAAUAAGUGAUUUAAGCUUGGUAAGUUUACUUACACACCUAAUUUAUAUAAUUAAAUACUUUGCUUUGUUUUUACAUUUCUAUUAUAAAAGACUCAGUUAUUUUAGUGACACUAAUGCCCAACUCUAAAGAAAAAUCUAAAAUAAUUUUAAGAAUGUAUUCAUUGACUAACAGGUUGAAGGAGUGACUGUGUUAAAAUGCAAACGUCAGUGUGACAAUUUGCAAGAAAAGGGCUUUCCUUAAGAUGGUUUAUGGUUCAUAACCCAUGUUUCACAUCUGCAUUUAUUUUUGUUUUAUUUCAUAAUAUUUUAAGGAUCUUAUUUAAAGAGGGGCUCGUUAUUCUCUAGACUAAAACCAACAGAUUGAGUCAAAAAUGUUGUUCAUGUACUCUGAAUUGACAUGAAUAAGAACAAAGAUAGCAUUUCUAGACUCUUAGAUGGUGGAAACAGGAGCAGGUUCAGUGUCUGAAUUUAUUAAAUAUAAAGAUAUAAUUUGUCCUCUGAAUGUGUUCAUAGUUAAUGUAGAGGUGUUUAUAUUUCUUUUGGAGAGCAUUAUUUUAAUAUGUGAAGUGUGCCUAUAUAUUAUUUUUUGUAAAGAAAUGUUUACAUUGAUAAUAAACACUUACAAAUACCUAA